AUGUUUUCUUCAUCUUCUAUGGCCGUGAUCGCUGCAGCAGGAUUGCUCUAUGCGCAAGUGGCAGUGGCAGCUGGCUGUCAGGAGAUCGAAAAUGUCCUGAUAACACAUUAUGGUGCCCCUGACAAUAGCCCUCCGGGCCCUGCUAUUGGCACCAAUUGUUACGGUCAUAAUAUGAAAGCGGGAGCUGAUGACGAAUUCGACAACUGUGAACUCAUCUACAUUCCUCUGUUUCGGAAGUACUUCUACAAGGGAGACAGCUGUGCCCAAUGCCAGAGCGACUGGAGCCACAAUGAGUGGCACGUCGACCUCUGGACCGGAUCAACCAAUGAGAAUGGCGGACAAGCACAGAUCAACUGUGAAGACAACCUCCCAGGUGGCAAGCAAGUUGUGAUCCGAGCUCCACCAACUAACCUGCCUGUGAAUAGUAAGCUCAAUGCUGUAUCCUUCAAGUUGCUCUAG